GGUUAGUUGAACAUCAACCUGCUCUUAGGGUUUAUAUUCAUUUAAGCCCUCCUCCUUCCAUUUUCUCAAAGUCUCGCCCUUACCGCCGUCUCUUUUCUGCAUCCUCUUCAGGUAUUUACAUUGUUGUGUGAUCACCUCAAAACUAAGAAAAGAUGCAGAACGACGAGGGAGAGAUUAUAGAUCUUUACGUCCCCAGGAAAUGCUCGGCCACUAACAGGCUGAUCACUGCCAAGGACCAUGCCUCAGUCCAAAUUAACAUUGGUCACUUGGAUGACAGAGGUGUUUAUACUGGUACUUCCACCACUUUUGCUCUUUCAGGCUUCAUUCGUGCUCAGGGGGAUGCCGACAGUGCUCUAGAUCGUCUUUGGCAGAAAAAGAAGGCCCAAGUUGGUCAGUAAGGAGUUCAAAAUAGUGCCCUAGGUAGACCAUAAACCAAGAAGGUUUUGAAAGUUUUAUGCAGUAUUCUAAAUUAAGACUCGGACAAGUAAUUUUUGUUGAAUUUUUGCUCACUGCUUUAGUCUAUCUUUGUAUUUGAGAACUUCACAUAUGCUGGGUUAUCAUCUUUGUUCUUGAGCUUGAUGGAACAUCUUUUAUUUAUGUGAUAAGUUAUUGUUUA